AUGCCUGAGCUACUAGAAGAGGAUCUGCAGCCUCUCUUUAAUUUUACAGAGGAUUAUUUCUCGGACAACACAGCAGAUAAGGAUGCUUCGUCCCGCGACUCAGCCAAAUACUGGAAAAAGCAAGAGAAAUUAACGACUGCUGCGAAGAAAGAAAUGGAAAAAGAAAUAAUGGAAGACAUGGAAGAGAAACGACGAGCCAAAAGGCCCCUGAAAAAGUCUUUCAAGAGAGAUUGCGAACGAUUCAGAAAGAAAGAGAGGCAGGGUCGACAGGAAGCCACCGUGCCCCCCUUUGCAGAGAUCGAUACUGAAAGAUUUGCAGGUUCAUCUGUGUCACUCAAGUCAAGAUGCCAAGCGCAUCAUCUAGCUACUGACGCGUGGCAAGAUAAAAGCCUUGAUGUUUUGAUUUUGUGGACCGAUGGAUCAGUCAAUAUGUUCGAUGGUGGUGCUGCAGCUGUCUUGAUGGAUCAGUCUUUGGGGUGGGAACAGGCUGUCUUGAAGGAAAUAGGCUGGCAAGUGAAAGGACACCACGGCCGUAAGGGAGAUGUCGAACUCAUAGCCAUCGUGGGGGCCCUUGAAGCAGCCAUAUCCAUUGUUUCGCAGCAAUCAAAAUCUCAUAUACGCAGAGUUGCCAUAUUCUCUGACUCGAGAGAUGAGGCUAUUCCGCGGUGUUCAGAAAUUCGGCACUUUCCAACACCACCUCUCGACUCCUUAGUUCGACAACGAUCUCAUGAAUUGGCGCAAUUAGGAGUAGCUUUAUCUCUCAUUUGGUUUCCGGGCCAUAGUGGUAUUGAGGGAAACUACCGAGCCCAUAAUAUCGCUCACCGUAUGGCGAAGCUCGAUCCCCAGGACUUGUGCCAAAGCAUCGUGUCUAUAUCUCGAUCUAUGGAUGAUGUUGUGGAUUUUGGGUUUCACCAUGAGUAA